AUGAAGCCCGGCGCGCCGCUGCUGCACGAGCGCCUCGCCACCAUGUCCAAUCCCAAUCUGCGCCCCGGCGGCACCCUGGACGACGACGACCCCACCGACGGCUCGAACCUGGCCAACCGCUUCGAGUUUCGCCUUGGCGACGUGGAGCAGGGCUUCCGCGAGGCCGACGUGAUUAUCGAGCACGAGACGGCGACGGCAGCCAUCCACCAGGGCUACAUCGAGCCGCACGCCGCCACCGCGCGAUGGAACAGCGACGGCACCCUGACGUUGUGGUCCAGCAGCCAGGGGCACUUCAACGUGCGCGACCAGACGGCGCGCCUGAUGGACGUGCCGGUGUCGAAGGUCAAGGCCAUCCCGAUGGAGAUCGGCGGUGGUUUCGGCGCCAAAACGCUGGUGUAUCUGGAACCGGUGGCCGCGGCGCUGGCCCGCAAGGCGGGUCAUCCGGUGAAGGAAAAACCGUACCGCAGCCGCGCGUGGUUCGACACCCCGGAACUGUACGGCUGGCUGCGGCAGGCGGCGUUCCGAGCCGAAGGGUUCGGGGAACCGGCAUACGAAGGACGCCCCCUCAUCGGCAUUUGCAACUCGUGGAGCGAACUGACGCACUGCAACGCCCACCUGCGGCAGUUGGCCGAGGCGGUGAAGCGCGGCGUGUGGCAGGCCGGCGGCUUUCCGCUGGAGUUCCCGGUGAUGUCGCUGGGCGAGUACAACAUGCGGCCCACCACCAUGCUGUACCGCAACCUGAUGAGCAUGGACGUGGAGGAGUCCAUCACCGCCAAUCCGCUCGACGGUGUGGUGCUGCUCGGCGGCUGCGACAAGACGACGCCGGCCCUGCUGAUGGGCGCCGCGAGCGCCGACGUGCCGGCGAUCAUCGUCACCGGCGGGCCGCAACUCAAGGGCAACUGGCGCGGCGAGGAACUGGGCUCGUGCACCGAUUGCCGGCGGUAUCACCAGGAACUGCGCGCCGAGCGGAUUACCGAAGAGGACUGGGCCGAACUGCAGAGUUGCAUCGUGCGCAGUCCGGGGCACUGCAUGGUGAUGGGCACCGCCUCAACCAUGGCGGCAAUCUGCGAGGCGCUGGGCAUGGCGCUGCCGGGCAAUGCCGCCAUUCCGGCCGUUGAUUCGCGCCGCCACCAGUUGUCCGAGGCGGCGGGGCGGCAAAUCGUACGGCUGGUAGAGCAGGGGCUGCGGCCUUCGGACGUCAUGACGCCGGUGGCCUUCGAGAACGCCAUCCGCACCCUGCACGCCGUCGGCGGCUCGACCAACGCCAUCGUGCACCUGGCGGCCAUCGCCGGUCGGGUGGGCAUCGACCUGCCGCUGAGCCGUUUCGACGAACUGUCGCGUACCACGCCGUUCAUCCUCAACCUCAAGCCGUCCGGCGAGUUUCUGAUGGAGGGAUUUCUACUACGCCGCCUGGGCGCCAACAUCGCCGGGGCGCAGUCGUACAACCCGGCACUGAUUCGCAGCCUGGACGAGCCGCUGGACGCCGAAGGCGGGCUGGCGGUGCUGCACGGUUCGCUGGCGCCCGACGGUGCCAUCAUCAAGCCCACGGCGGCCUCGCCUGAACUGCUGCGCCAUCGCGGGCGGGCGUUGGUGUUCGAAGAUCACGACGACAUGGACCGGCGUAUCGACGACCCCGACCUGGACGUGCGCCCGGACGACGUGCUGGUGAUGCGCAACGCCGGGCCGCUCGGCGGGCCGGGGAUGCCGGAGUGGGGGUUCCUGCCGCUGCCGAAAAAGCUGUUGCGGCAGGGCGUGCGGGACAUGGUGCGCAUCAGCGACGCGCGCAUGAGCGGCACCGCCUUCGGCACCGUGGUGGUACACGCCACGCCGGAAUCAGCGGCCGGCGGGCCGCUGGCCGCGGUGCGCAACGGCGACGUGAUCGAGCUCAACGUGCCGGAACGCCGUCUGGACUUGAUGGUCGAGCCGGCCGAAAUCGCCCGCCGUCUGGCGGCGCAGGCUAGGCCGCCGGCACCGUACCGGCGCGGUUACGGCUGGCUGUUUACCCAGCACAUCUUGCAAGCGGAUAAAGGCUGCGAUUUCGACUUUCUGCGCGCUGAGGCAUUACACGCGGAAUAA